CAAAACACAAGCUGAGUUUGCCCGCUCUCUAGUCUCUAGCAAUGGCGGGAUGCAGUACGUCCUCCCUGUUAUCAAUUUCGCCUUCUUCUUGCUCUUCACUCUACCGUGGUUUCAAUCCUCUUCUCGGCUCCAGACAACGUCGUGUUUUCGUAUUCUUCUCCCGCCCUCGUCUCAGAGCUCGCAGAACCUUUGCCUUAUCUGCAGCAAAUAAUGGCGUAUUUACUUCGCCUGAAAUUGCAAAGUCAUUUGAUUUUAGCAAUGAGGAGCGCAUUUAUAAAUGGUGGGAAUCUCAAGGGUAUUUCAAGCCAAGCUUUGACAGAGGGAGUGAUCCUUUUGUGGUUUCAAUGCCACCACCUAAUGUUACUGGUUCAUUGCACAUGGGACAUGCCAUGUUUGUUACUCUAGAGGAUGUCAUGGUAAGAUAUAACCGAAUGAAGGGAAGACCCACACUUUGGCUUCCUGGGACUGACCAUGCUGGUAUUGCAACUCAGUUAGUUGUGGAAAGAAUGCUGGCCACUGAAGGAAUAAAGAGGGCUGAUAUGGAUAGAGAUGACUUUACCAAACGUGUAUGGGAGUGGAAAGAGAAGUAUGGUGGAACCAUUACAAAUCAGAUUAAGAGGCUUGGUGCUUCUUGUGAUUGGAGCAGAGAGCGAUUUACCCUCGAUGAACAGCUGAGUCGAGCUGUAGUGGAGGCCUUUGUGAGGCUUCAUGAGAAAGGGCUAAUAUAUCAAGGUUCUUAUAUGGUAAACUGGUCCCCUAAUUUACAGACUGCAGUUUCUGAUUUGGAAGUCGAAUAUUCUGAAGAGCCCGGUACUCUAUUUUACAUCAAGUAUCGCGUUGCUGGUAUGCCUAGGAGUGACUUUUUGACAAUUGCAACCACUCGACCUGAGACUUUAUUCGGUGAUACUGCUAUUGCAGUUAAUCCUGAGGAUGAACGUUACUCCAAGUAUAUAGGAAAGGAGGCUAUUGUACCUAUGACCUUUGGGCGGCAGGUUCCCAUUAUCUGUGACAGGUAUGUUGACAAAGACUUUGGAACUGGAGUAUUGAAGAUAAGUCCAGGACAUGAUCACAAUGACUACUUGCUUGCUCGCAAACUUGGUCUUCCUAUACUUAAUGUGAUGAAUAAGGAUGGGACUCUGAAUGAAGUUGCUGGCCUGUAUUGUGGCCUUGACCGCUUUGAAGCACGGAAAAAACUCUGGUCAGAUCUCGAGGAGUCAGGCUUAGCAGUCAAAAAGGAGGCCCACAGUCUGCGAGUUCCUAGAUCCCAGCGUGGUGGUGAAAUCAUAGAGCCUCUAGUAAGCAAGCAAUGGUUUGUUUCAAUGGAUUCUUUGGCUGAGAAGGCUCUGCAGGCUGUUGAAAAAGGAGAUUUGACUAUUAUGCCUGAAAGAUUUGAAAAAAUAUAUAAUCACUGGCUAUCAAAUAUCAAGGAUUGGUGUAUUAGCCGUCAACUGUGGUGGGGUCACCGUAUACCUGUUUGGUACAUUGCUGGUAAAGAUCCUGAAGAAGAGUACAUAGUUGCUAGAUCAGCAGAAGAAGCUCUUGUUAAAGCUCAAGAAAAGUAUGGCAGAAAUGUUGAAAUAUAUCAGGAUCCUGAUGUUCUUGACACCUGGUUUUCAAGCUCACUCUGGCCCUUCAGCACUCUUGGUUGGCCAGAUGAAUCAGCUGAGGAUUUCAAGUGCUUCUAUCCUACAUCAGUCUUAGAAACUGGGCAUGACAUAUUGUUCUUUUGGGUGGCACGUAUGGUGAUGAUGGGAAUAGAAUUUACAGGGACUGUGCCGUUUAAAAAUGUUUAUCUUCAUGGACUUAUUCGUGAUUCUCAAGGACGCAAAAUGUCCAAAACUUUGGGAAAUGUCAUAGAUCCCUUAGAUACUAUCAGAGAGUAUGGGACAGAUGCGUUACGGUUCACCCUUUCUCUAGGGACUGCUGGACAGGAUCUUAAUUUAUCUACUGAAAGGUUGACUUCUAACAAGGCAUUCACCAACAAAUUGUGGAAUGCUGGUAAGUUUAUACUACAAAAUUUGCCUCGUCAAGAUGAUCAAGCUGCCUGGGAUAUGUUGCUGAGCUGCAAGUUUAAUGAUAUGGAUUCUGUGCUGAAGCUACCUCUACCAGAAUGCUGGGUGGUUUCAAAACUUCACAUGCUCAUUGAUGCGGUCACUACAAGUUAUGAAAAACUUUUCUUUGGAGACGUAGCAAGGGAAAUAUAUGAUUUCUUCUGGGCUGAUUUUGCUGAUUGGUACAUUGAAGCUAGUAAAGCUCGCCUUUAUCACUCUGGAGAUGGUUCUAUUUCUUACAUUGCACAGGCAGUACUCUUAUAUGUUUUUGAGAACGUGUUGAAAAUGCUACAUCCAUUUAUGCCAUUUGUUACUGAGGAGCUCUGGCAGGCACUACCUAGAAGAGAGGAGUCCGCCCUAAUAGUUUCUGCCUGGCCACCAACCUUGCUUCCAAGGAAUGCUGAUUCGAUUAAAAAGUUUGAAAACCUACAAGCAUUGACAAGAGCAAUUAGAAAUGCACGAGCAGAGUACUCUGUUGAGCCAGCAAAGCGAAUAUCUGCUUGUAUCAUUGCAAAUCCAGAUGUUAAUCAAUAUAUAUCUAGUGAAAAGGAAGUUUUAGCUCUUCUGUCUAGACUGGAUUUGCAUAAUAUUAACUUUAUGGAGUCUCCUCCUGGAGAUGCAAAUCAGUCUGUCCACAUCGUUGCUAGUGAAGGCCUUGAAGCUUAUCUUCCACUAGCAGAUAUGGUGGAUAUCUCUGCUGAAGUUCAGCGCCUUUCUAAGCGGCUUACCAAAAUGCAAGCGGAAUAUGAUGGACUCAUGUCUCGUUUGAGUUCACCCAGUUUUGUAGAAAAAGCUCCUGAAGAAAUUGUCCGUAGUGUUCGAGAAAAAGCAUCAGAAGCAGAGGAGAAGUUAACACUAACCAGAAACCGCCUCGAUUUCCUCCAAUCCACAGUUUCAGUUGCAAAAUGAUUUAUUUCACAUAUGGUUCAUGGCAGCAGGUCCAAUGUUCUAUUCUAUUAUUCCUUAACAUCCUAUGCGGUUUGUUGCAUGCCAAAGCAAAAAUUUUCUAUUCUGAUCUGCUUGGUUCUUUGUGACAAGAAACCUUACUUUAUGCCUUGUGCAAAUAAUAAUUCUGGGUCCAGGAAAGUCA